AUGCUCAGAUCCUCAUUUCGGCUUCUCUAUAUAAGAACAAAUCAUCUGGUUCGAGUUUCAUCAUCAUCAUCACCGCUUUCUCUGUUUUCUUCGAAACUCGAUUCUUCUGCGAAACCUCUUUUCAAGUCUCAUCGGAUUCGUUCUCUUCCUUUACCCACCACAACGGGAGCUAAACUUUCUAGGUCGGAACACUCGAUGGCUGCUUCUUCCGAGCCCAAAUCAAUCUAUGAUUUCACCGUCAAGGAUGCGAAGGGAAGUGAUGUUGAUCUUAGCACUUACAAGGGGAAGGUUCUCUUGAUCGUGAACGUUGCUUCUCAGUGUGGCUUGACUAAUUCGAAUUACACUGAGCUUGCGCAACUGUAUCAGAAGUACAAAGAUCAUGGUUUUGAGAUCCUUGCGUUUCCAUGUAACCAGUUCGGGAAUCAAGAACCUGGCUCUAACGAAGAGAUUCUUCAGUUUGCUUGUACUCGUUUCAAAGCUGAGUACCCGAUAUUCGACAAGGUUGAUGUGAACGGUGACAAGGCUGCUCCGAUCUACAAGUUUCUGAAAUCAAGCAAAGGUGGGAUUUUUGGAGAUGGCAUCAAGUGGAACUUCGCCAAGUUCUUGAUUGACAAAGAAGGAAAUGUUGUUGACCGUUACGCGCCAACUACUUCUCCUCUCAGCAUUGAGAAGGACCUGAAGAAACUGUUGGGAGUUAGUGCUUAA